AUGCCAUACGAUGAACUGUCGUCUGGACCUAAUCCGUUCCCCGGCCAGGUAGACAACGCUCUACCUUCUCGACGCGAGAAAGACCACCAACAAUCCAUUCAUAGCCGCGACCGGCUAGAGCUUCCCAGUGAUGCUCAGGAUUUCGAUACGACCAACAGCGACACCGACUCCAGCUCCGUGACCUUUGCCGCCAAUCCAGAAUACUAUAAUCACUUAAUGACCAACAUCGCUCUCUGGCAACGUCGCUCUACUACGACCCCGCAGCCGGGGGACUUGUGGAGCAUCCUCGACCCCGACGACCUCGCGACCAUGUCAUGGGACGAGUGGAUCCCCCUCGUAUUCGACUCCCCCUCUGACCGCAGCAUGGCCGGAUAUGCGGGACAGGCCCUGGACGCUGAGCCUGGUCCGACACUCCCGGCUCCUCCGUUCCCCAACCCACUUAUCCCGCGCAUUUGCUGCCUGGACAACGGCAGCUUCUCGAUCCUCGCCGUUCCAGUCGACGUGGAGAACCCCCUCAUAUGGACGCUCACGGCACCCAUCCUCGGGGACGUACACAUCGGCAUACACAUCCGCAUGGAGUACGCCAGCACCUGGGUGUGCGGCACCGUUCGGUCCAUAUUCCGACUGCACGACGACUGCGUCACCUUCUUCGUGCAUGGGAUUGUCGUGUUCUCCGGACAGGUCAUCAACUCGGAGCGCGUCAUGUUGCGCGUCACGCCGGAGCUCGCCCGCCUUUCGAUGCGAGAUUGGACAAAGCACAACGUUACCAAAACCGCUGACGUGACCAUGCAAGCCGACGCGUUUAGCAGCUGGGAAGGACCACGGGUGGCGAUGGCAAGGGAAGAGGACGCGUAA